GCUCUUCCUUGAGUCUCAGGACUCAGCCAAUCUGAAUGCUGUGACGAGGAGAGGCAGGAUCCCAAUAUUUAACACACAGGGCACUGAUACAUCUACACCUGUCACUGACUGCUCCUCGUGAAGAACUAAUGCACUUUAUCUCCCUCCUCACAUACUGAAGAUAUCCACACACGGGACUGUCGAUCCGACGUCCGUGCGGUUCUUGAGAAGUCACAGCGGCGAUUUCCUCGUGCUUUGUCACUAUUUACCGGGACAUUUUACAGAUGCGCAUUGGCACGAACCUGUAAGGAUGCGACAGGACAUCUGAACCUCACCUAGAAUCAAAAUCGAGCGACUAUGCCGUAAAGAAAUCUUUCUUGAUACAUCCGGAAACCGCUGGAUGCAGAAGAAGAUUUGCGCACCUAGAUUUGAACAUGGAUCUCCCAUCAUAACGCGGAUUACAGUAGGACACCACACGCGCCCCUGAAUCUCUUUAUUAUAUCUAGCCUGUAUCGUAUUGUGGCAAGUGCUUAAAGAUGAUCCUAUUUCGUAAAUUUCGCGUGUUGAUUUUAAUGGUGUUUCUCGUCGCUUGCACCAUGCACAUAAUGAUAGACCUGUUACCCAAGCUGGAGAAGCGCGCGGCGGGAUCGAGCUCCAGCGCUGGAGGUGGAGGCGGCUGCUCCUGCGCGCACACACCGGGCGAGGAGCCUCGAUCCUGGGCCAAACAGCGCUCCAGAGCCGCCGCCGCCGCGGAACCGGGCUGGCCUAAUAAACACUCUUUGAGACUACUGCAGGAUUUCAGCAAUGAACCCAACUCCAACCUCACUUCGCACUCGCGGGAGAAGGUGACUGAGAGAGCCGAGUCUGGAAAGAGAGUGAGACCGCUGCAGCCGGACUCGGAGAAGAGAGGUCUGAUGAGAGAUACGGUGAGCGGACAGAAGCAGAGAGCGGUGCAGGGUUCGUCCAGUCUGAAGGCGCUCUACGAGCAACCCCUCUACAAGACCGACCUGCCUCAUCUCUCUGAAGAUGACACUUUGUUCAACCUCAACAGUGAUGUCAGAUUCUACCCCAAAGCUGCCGGACAACAAGAAUGGCAUAACGAGGGGAACGUGGAGGAGGAGGAGUACAGUCCGACAGGGGAGGCCACUGCUGAGUCAUAUCCCAACUGGCUCCGCUUCCACAUCGGGAUUAACCGAUACGAGCUCUACUCCAGACACAACCCCGUCAUCGGCGCCCUGCUGAAGGACCUGGUCUCCCAAAAGAUCACCAGCGUAGCUAUGAAGUCAGGUGGCACUCAGCUGAAGCUCAUCAUGUCAUUCCAGAACUAUGGACAAGCCCUGUUCAAACCUAUGAAACAAACCAGGGAGCAAGAAACACCCCCAGACUUCUUCUACUUCUCUGACUUUGAGCGGCACAACGCAGAGAUCGCUGCAUUUCAUCUGGACAGAAUCCUGGAUUUCCGGAGAGUUCCCCCGGUGGCCGGCAGGCUGGUGAACAUGACACGUGAGAUCCGAGACGUGACCCGUGACAAAAAGCUCUGGCGGACAUUCUUCGUAUCCCCAGCCAACAACAUCUGCUUCUACGGCGAGUGCUCCUACUACUGCUCCACAGAACAUGCCCUGUGUGGGAAGCCCGACCAGAUCGAGGGCUCCCUGGCUGCAUUUCUUCCUGACUUGGCACUAGCUAAGCGCAAGACCUGGAGGAACCCCUGGCGCCGCUCCUACCACAAACGCAAGAAAGCUGAGUGGGAAGUGGAUCCGGACUAUUGUGAUGAAGUCAAACAGACCCCUCCAUAUGACCGAGGCACACGACUCCUGGACAUCAUGGACAUGACUAUUUUUGACUUUCUAAUGGGCAACAUGGAUCGCCACCAUUACGAGACUUUUGAGAAGUUUGGAAAUGAGACUUUCAUUAUUCAUUUGGACAACGGCAGAGGAUUUGGAAAGCAUUCACAUGAUGAAAUGUCCAUCCUGGUCCCUUUGACUCAGUGCUGCAGAGUGAAGAGGUCGACGUACCUACGGCUACAGCUGUUGGCUAAAGAGGAGUUCAAGCUGAGCUCUCUAAUGGAGGAAUCGCUUCUACAGGACCAGUUGACACCCGUCCUCAUCCAGCCCCACCUGGAGGCCAUGGACCGCCGCCUGCGCCUGGUGCUCAAAGUGCUGGCCGACUGCGUGGAGAAAGAAGGCUUCCCAUCAGUGGUGGAGAAUGACCUGGACGGACAGCCGUCCUCGCACCACCACCAGGCGCACGGAGGGAGGUAGUGAGGCCUGAACCUCGGUUAUCGCCAGUCAGUCCCCCACCAUGAGCCCCACUGAGGCUUGUGCUCGAGUCACACUCUGAAUUCAGUGAAUUCCCCGACUAGCCACCAAUGCCUCUGAGGAGCCACCCUAUUGUGUGUGUAGAUGCAGGACGAACUCUGGGACGAAGACGUCGUUUCUGGAUGGCCGAGCUGCAGCACAUACUUUUCUGUUGCAUCCUAAUUUGUUUGACAAUCUGCUGAUAUCAUUUAUCACAUUUUCAUAUUUCGAGUUGACGAGUGUACAGACAAGUUGGAACCAAAAGCUGAAAGACAAACACAACUGUGCCCAUGUAGGUCUUCGACAUAAGGGCACGGAAACGAGCUUUAAUGAUGGUACUGCAGUGCAGUACUACUGUGCAAAGACACUUAAAUGCAUCCUUCCCUGUGCAUUCACAAUUCGACCUCAUUUCCUGCCAUCUGAACUAAGCCAUCGUUUCAAUUGCUCAUUGUGCCAUCAAGCCUUCAAUCAUCGUGUCAGAUUCGGCACGUUUGUUAUUUCACUUAAGGUGAAGUGCGCGCUUCAUUUGAGGUUAUUCAGCGGAAAGCACAUGUUUAAACAUCUCCGUGGAGAAGGAGAGAAUCACGCUGAUUGGUUCUUCAGGCGUCAGUGUUUCUCAUCUCAGGCCUCAUGCUGAAUACACCUGCUCUGUCUUAAUGAGAACCUUAAGGACGGGCGGAUGCUAUGCUAGCGGAAGUUCAUGAUGAUGUUAGUCGUACUUCACACUGCAGGUAUCUCGAGGCUCAUCUGGUGGAGUGAUUUCAGAGUAUGGCACAGGCUCGAGGGAAUGAAACAAACCAAUCGGUCUUAACCGGGAAACAACAAAUGAUAAAUCAUUUCAUGUUAAAAUGAGUUUUUGUCCUAACCAGGGGAGUCCAAACCUGCUCCUGGAGGGCCACUGUCCUCCAACGUACUAUGAAACACCAAGUACUGUUUCUAGCAGCCCUGAAGAGCUCGAUUAGCUGGUUCAGGUGAGUUUAUUUAGGGUUAGAGCUAAACUCUGCAGGACAGUAGCCCUUCAGGAGCAGGACAGGACACCUCUAGACAAGACAUUUUGUUUGGUUUCUUCUGAGUCUAUUUCUUUAGCUUUCCAACAGUGAACUCUCACUGGUCUGAAAUCCUCCUUCACAUAUUUGUGUAUAAUGCUGCGUUCCAUUCAGUCAGACGUGGGAUCCGUGUUCAGAACAUGACAUAGCAAACCAAAUGCUCCUGCCGGUGUUUAAUGGUCUGUGAUGAUGUGUCCUAGAAAUUUGGGAGUUUGGGGAGGUUAUAUAAUAGUACUCAGUGUAAGCAUUUGUUGUUCUGUGAUUAUUAACAGAGAGGAUCGAUCACAGUGUUUUACACACCUGUUUCUCUAGUUUUUUUAUUAUCAUGAAUAUGGGAGCGUGGAUUCAUUAAUGCAUUAACUUACAAUCGAAUGUUUAGCUUUAACAGUGUAAAUCUCCCUGUGGGCUGCAAUGUUAGCGUGAUCAUAUAUCCAUAUCUACUCUACACAAAUGUGGCAUUCCAUUGCACUUCUCCCAAUAUGAUUUUAGACAUUUUGCCGAUAGCCUUGUGGGCAGUGCGCCGACAUACAAUGCCUGUCCCGAGUUCGAAACCCGACUCAAGGAGCUUUCCUGAUCUUUCCCACUUCGCUUCCUGCCAGCUCUGAUCUGUACUAUCAAAAUAAAGUCAGAAAUGCAAAAAAAAGUAGAAAGAAAAUAAGUUAAGAAGAGCAUUGCUCUUAAGAAUCAUUGGCGAAUCCAGCACUGGUUAGCAAACGACUUGCCUGUGGAAAGUGCUUAUAGGAUAUGGUUUAAUGCUGAUAGAUCGUUUUAUAAUACAUAAUUAUAGGACAUAAUUUCCUUCCUACUGUUUUGUUUUGUUUUUCAGCGUUACUCACAUAUACUGACCUUUCAACAAAAGUAAUCCUUCCAUUGCUCAGUACAAAACAUGUUUUCAGCUCUCACUUAUUUUGUAUUGUGUAAACCAUGGCCAAAAAAAAGGCAAAAGAGUGCCUUUUUAUCUUUAUAGCAGUGGUGACUGCCACUUCCAGUCUCAUAUUCACGCCAUCGCAUUUUAAAGGAGUUUUAUUUGAUCUCUAAACGAACCUUUUGGAAGUAGUUGUGUUGUAUUUUAAAAGCUCAAAAUGCUAUUUAUUAAGAAAGAGUACAUUUGGGAGGAAAUCUUGUUGGGUUUUAGGUCUUAUUUUGCAUUUGAGAUUGUGUGUGUGUGUGUGUGUGUGUUAAAUGAAGUCCCUGUUCCUCACAGACAUUGUAAAGAUGAUUUGAUAGUCUGAUUGCUCAGUGUAAAGUGAGGGGCCACGUGUGUGUUUUGUGUUUAACCCCAGUGCCUGUGCAAUGCUCAAGAAACUUGAAUGUUUUGGGAUUAUUCACAAACGGACCUUUUAAUAGCCCCUGGCCUGGACUCAAAGGUGUGUUUUUUUUUUUUUUUUUUUUUUUGGCAGAGAGUAAUUAUGAAAUGAUCAAGGCUUGUAUUAGCCAAACAGACUUAAAGAUGUUCCCAAUACUCUCUGUUUUUCUGUAUAUAUCUGUAAAUAUGAUACGUUCAACCAAGAGGCUGUUUUCGGUGCAAAAAAAAAUAAUUAUGCUUCAGUUUUCUUUUCCUCUCUUAGGCAUUGUUACUGUGAAGAUCUGUUUGCAAAAUGAUAAAAGUGUGCAAUAAAUGAAGCUAUGUUGUUGAA